GCUCUACUCAUACUUGGACCAUGAGGAUUUAAUGCUAACUUCUACGACUUCCACAAUCUCCACACAGAAAGUUAAAGGCAUCCUGAAAAGCUGAAGUAGUGGUGAGAGGAGGAUUGUUUUGGUGCCAGCAUCAUUUUCAGGCAGAGAUGACACUGAAGGCAACAGUUCAAGCACAAUGGACAAUGACAGGACAGAGCUUUACAUGAAAGACAGCAUUGAUCUUAGUUCACUGCGCAAACCACAUGCAUCACAAUGAGGGGUCCAUGAGCACAGACUUUCACCAUUGGCUAACUGGAAUCGGCAUCCCUAAAGCUAAAGCUAACAGAAGACUUUUCAUAGUGUGUAAAAUUUCAAUCUGCACACGGAAGGAAUGCUGCAAAAUAAACGGAUAAAAUAUGGUGGAAUGGUCUGACAUGCUCCAGCAAGUUCCUUGUGGCUACUUCAAUUGCUGCUAAGCUGGAGAGGACACUGCUGGGAGGAAGUGGCCUCUUCCUCCCAUCAAGAUAAUGCACACGUCCUCAGUGCUGAUCUCUGCAGCCGCCAUGAGCAACAUGACUGUGCUUGACACUGCUGACCCCUAUGAUCUUGACAUGAGCUCUUCUGAGCCAAUAUAUCCCAUCAGCUUCCAGGCUUCUCUGACAGGCUUUCUGCUUUUGGAGAUCAUUUUGGGCCUGAGUUCCAACCUUACUGUGCUGGUCCUCUACUGCAUGAAGCAGAACCUCAUCAGCUCCGUCUCCAACAUCAUCACCAUGAACCUACACGUGGUUGAUGUGUUGGUGUGUGUGUGCUGCAUCCCACUGACAACUGUGGUGGUGUUAAUUCCAUUGGAGGAGGACACAGCCAUGAUCUGCUGUUUCCAUGAGGCCUGCGUCUCCUUUGCAAGUGUAGCAACUGCUGCUAACGUCCUAGCCAUCACUGUGGACCGCUAUGACAUCUCGGUUCGUCCAGCAAACCGUGUGCUUACAAUGGGCCGAGCUGUGGUUCUGCUGGGAUCUAUCUGGGCUUUAUCCUUCUUCAGUUUCCUUGUUCCAUUCAUGGAAGUAGGCUUCUUCAUCAGGUCUGGUUCAGAUCUUGUGAACCAGACUACAGUGGUGACGGUGGCUCGUACAAAUGAGUACUACACAGAACUCGGUCUGUACUAUCACUUACUAGCACAGAUUCCCAUAUUCUUUUUUACAGCUGUAGUAAUGCUGGUGACUUACUACAAGAUUCUUCAGGCUCUCAACAUUCGCAUCGGAACACGCUUUCAGAACAACUUACCUAAAAAGAAACAAAAGAGCAAAAAUACCAUCUCUCUUAGCACUGCAACACAAGCAGAGUCCACUGAAGUUUCACAAAGCAGUACAGGGGUCAGAGCAGGUGGAAAUGCACCUUUGGGCAUGCGAGCAUCAGUGUCUGUCAUCAUCGCACUGAGACGAGCAGUGAAGCGUCAUCGAGAGAGAAGGGAGAGGCAGAAACGAGUCUUCAGGAUGUCUCUUCUCAUCAUUUCCACGUUCUUAUUUUGCUGGACUCCAAUAACUGUACUUAAUACAAUCAUCCUCAGCACUGGACCCAGUGAUUUGACUGUUCGCCUCCGCCUGGGCUUCCUAGUGAUGGCCUAUGGAACCACCAUCUUUCACCCACUCCUCUAUGCCUUCACACGGCAGAAGUUCCAAAAGGUUUUGAAGAGCAAGAUGAAGAAGAGGGUGGUGUCUGUUGUUGAAGCUGACCCUACACCAAACAAUGUGGUCAUACAUAAUUCAUGGAUUGACCCCAGGAGAAACAAGAAGGUCACCUUUGAGGAUACAGAAGCCAGACAAAAAUGUCUAUGUUCACAGGAAGCAGAGUAA